CGAAUGUCGACAGCUGUUGGCCUCCAGCUAAUUUCAGUGCAAUUCGAAUUCUUGCAUGCAAGGCGGUGGGUCUUAUUUUUUUUCCCCCGACAAACGCAAAUGCAGAACCCACCGUUCCUCCUCACUCCGUGAUAAAUUUCUUUGGUAAAUGAAACGAUUUUCAGCGGAAUAUAUGUGCACGAGGUGGUCACCACGAGGAUUUACAAGUUGGCCUAUAGAACCACCGUUUUGAUAAUCAUGAAUCUGCAAACACUGUUUCAGGAUUUCAAUCCAAGUAAAUUUUUGGUACACUCCUGUUUGAUGAUAUUUACAACUUUAUUUGCGCUUCGUUUGGACGGUUUCAUAGAAUGGAGUUAUUGGACUGUAUUUACACCAAUAUGGUUUUGGAAAAGCAUGGUAAUUUUGGGUGCUACUAUUGGAAGUUAUGUUUGGUGGAGGCAUCCACAUGCAAGGUUGGAAGGAGAUGCUUAUAUACAUUAUAAAGCAAUGUUGAUUACAUUGGCAUUACAUUUGAUUCUGUUAAUGUUUGAAUUGUUAGUAUGUGAUAAAUUAGAAUCUGAAAGACAUCUUUGGAUGCUUGUAUUUAUACCACUUAUCUUUAUCUCUGCAGUAUCAAUAGUUGUAUGCAUAUGGGCUGCAAAGCAUGACCGAUCGUUUGAACUUGAAUUAUUCUGUGCAGUAAAUAUACUGCAGUUUAUUUUCUUGGCAUUAAGACUAGAUGGUAUCAUCACGUGGAGCUGGGAAGUAGUGUUUGCUCCCCUUUGGGCACUUCUAUCAUUAUCUUUAGUUGCAGUGCUAUAUGCAAUAGUCUUUGCUGCUGUCUUGUUAAGAACUCCACAAAUUAAUGCCAGACAAAGGCGGACAUCUUUGAAUUCGGCAUUGGCAUAUACAUUUCUUGUGGUUCCAAUCCUUGUGUUUCAAGUACUAUUAGCAAAUAAAUUGGAUGGAGAUAUUUCAUUGAAUUAUACAACUGUAGCAAUGCCGCUUUUAAUAUCUCAUAUAACUCUUAUUUUUAUGUCAUUUGAUGCAAAAGGAGGAAACAGAUGGUGGUUUGGUAUUAGAAAAGAUUUUUGUCAUUUUCUAUUGGGAUUAUGUCCACUGCUCCAAGAAUAUGGUAAUAUUUCUUAUCAACCGAGAAGUGAGCAAGACCAACCACCAUCAGAACCAAUGGUCUCAGAAAAGAAUGAAAAACACGUUAAAAAAGUCGACCUAAUGAAACCCGUUGUACCUAUAAUUUCUAUAGACAUGCCGGAUUGAUUGUAUUGUUUGGGGUCUAUUCAGAUGUAUGAGAUAUUUUUAUCGAUAUGACUGGUUUGUACCAGAUGCCAUAUCUUAACAAAUAAUGGACAGGUGCGUAAAUAAUAGCAGAAUCUAUUAUUAAAAGAGGGGAACCUAUUAUUUUCAAUACGAUAUUUCGUUAUGAAAAUCUUGUUGUUGUUAAUAUUAUGCGCCAAGGCAAUCAUAAUUAUAUGAUCCAUUUUAUUCAUGGGGCUUAAGCUUUAUAUGAUCACCGUGAACAUUUGAUAGAAAAAGUCUUGAAAAGAUUUUUUAAAACGAAUUACUUAAGAGAGAGUUGAAUAUUACUUUAAUAUUCAAGCCCCUGAAGCAAAUUUAGCAGCCACAGUGCUCAAAAUCAUUAUGUCUCUUAAAAUUGCAUCAAUUUUAUGUGUAUCCAAACACUUAAAUUAUGCGUAGAAUAAGCAACCAACCCGUCCAUUUGUUUGAUUGCUCCUUUAUAAUGACAUAGGAUAAUUGCCGACCUAUUUCGUUAAGCCUAUUAUUCGUAAACGUUACGAAACAAUAGCAUUAUUAUUAUUUUGCCAAAAGUAGGAGAUGUAAAAUGAUGGUAAACAUGCCUAAGCUGGUGCUAAAAAAAUUAAUGAUAUCUUAGACAUGUUUUGUAUGCAGCUGUGAACUGUAUUUAAAAUUGAAACUAAGCUUCGGCGUAUCGUGAUCUGUACAGAGCUAACUUGUAAUAUAUUAUAUUUUAAAUAGAUUUUCCUGUAAAUGUAAAUUGUUGCUAAGGAAAAUCUUUCAUGUAAAUAGUACUCCAAGUUUUAGAAUUUGUUAGCAUUGUACAGAUCAUGCUCAAGAGAUUUAUCGUGUAUAUAGCUAAGUUUUGACUAAUACGUAACUGUCUGACUUUUAGUUAAUUAACAUAAAAUUUGUCAACAUUGAAUUAUUCGUAAAAAAAUUUACACGUAUAUAUAUAGUAUAUAUACGUACAUAUACAGAUCACAUAAAAGAUAAAAAAUGUAAAACGAGUAAAUGGACGAUAUAAGUAAUUGUGACGUUACAUUUUCAUUUAAAUAAUUUUUAUCUUAUUCUAAUUUUUAUUGUGAAUGAAACGUGAUCGUAUUCAUCUAGUAAAUUUCAAGAGAUUAUCAUAAUGAACAAAAAUUGUUGAUCAAGCAAAAAGUAAUAAAAUUAAUCAUUGCAUUUGAUUUUAAUUUUCAUGGAAAUAUUUUAUUACGUGUACAAGAGCCCUUUUUCGAGUAAUUUUUAUUUUAACAAAUUUUAAAUUUAUGUAACGCGUAUGUUGAUAAUACAUAGAAUAAAAAACAAAAGUCAUACAUUUACAUUAGAAUAAUUUUCAACAUGUUCCUAAAGUUCUCGCGAUAUUUCUCAUUAAAAUAUCUAUAUUGAUAUUAGCAGGGAGAUAACCAUUUUAAUAUGUAAUAUUAAAGCGUGUUCAAAGGGCUCUGUUACUUUAAGUGUUAAAUUAGUUUUGUGUACGCUUACUACUCAUCAGUUGCUUAAUGAAUGCUAAUGAGUAAUUAAUACGUUUUGUAAUCGAUGAUGUAACAAUCUUAUAGCAUGUUGUUAUAUAUAUUGAAUAAUUUAACCUCUGUCAUAUUUUUAAAAAAUUAUCGAAAAUAUUAUGAUGUUCAUAUAAAAGUAUAAUAAUAUUUAUUCGACACGAUCUACGUGUCAUGUAUUAUAAUGUUAGAAUUGUUGCGAUAAAAAAAAAAUGACACAGAUUCUCAUUUACGAUUAAAAUAUGAUUUAUCGAAAACUUAACCGAAAUUUGUAAACUGUUUGAAACGAUAGAUUUUUAAUCGGCCUUAAAUAAGACAAGAGAUUGGGAUAUAUCGGUUGGGAUAUAAGACUGAGCGCCUCGCAUCCUUAGAAUAGCGUGAAUAAAAUGUAAAAA